AUGGAGAACAAGAAGAAUCUCGUAUUCAAGAAAAAUGACAAGAAUAUAAUGGUUGUCAAGUGUGUAGAUGGUUGUCCAUUUCAUAUUAGGUUUAGCAUGAGGAUUACCAAUCAAUAUUGGCAACUUGUUAGCUUAAAUGAUCGUCAUGGCUGUCAUAGGACAUCCAAAAAUAGACAAGCAAAAACGGAUUGGUUGGGUCGUCAAUUUGUGUACACCAUAAGACACACUCCUGAAAUAAAAACCAAAGGGCUGAUUGCAGAAGCUAUUAAGAAGGGGGGGUGA